AUGAAGCCUUUAUCACCCAUCGGGUCACCCUUGCCCCUGCGGCUUCUUAACAAAGGGCCCGAUUACCUGCGCAGGCAGAUGGACAGCGGGAGCCGGGGCCCUUCGGUCAGCGCAGUCGAGCGUCUGGAGGCCGACAAGGCCAAAUACGUCAAGUCCCAACAGGUCAUCAACACCAAGCAGGAGCCGGUGCUGAACCCGUGCGCCACCCCUCCUCCGCCGGCACGCCGUAACUUUAGCGUAUCCGUAUCAGCGACCACCUCGCCCGUUAUUUUACGACGCCCGCCGGUCAGUCCGUGCCCCCGGUCACCUCGCAACCACAACGAGGACGAUUCCAGGAAGGAGAACGUCCGAGCUCCGAGUCUGGAUAUCGACAAGCAGAACCAAAAUAAUGCUGCUAAAAUAGCUUUGCCAAGCCCCAGAAUUCAUCACGGUACCCCACUGGUGGCACCACAUAGUGCCCCGAUGACGAGACGGAGCACAGGAAAGCGCAUGCUACGCCCCGACUCGCUGGUCAUCUACAGGCAGAAGAAGGAGUGUAAGAGUCCGGUUGAAGGGAUCGAUCCGAGUACAGGUACUGACGUCAAGGGCUACAGUUUCGUCCGGCGCCUCUUCCAGGGUUCCAUGCGAGAAAAGAACGGCAGGAACGACGUGAAAUCAACGAUCAGUGAGGAGAAAAGCUCGUCGCGGGAUGGCGACUCGCGCAUGUCGUGGUCAGUCGACGGCACCCGGCGAUCCAGCCAGGCUGACUCGAACAACGGUAACACCAGUUUCCUCGAACCUCCCACCCCUCACGUGACGAACGCUCUCCGAAACGGCAUCACCAAACGAAACGACAACGAUAUGGACCCCUGGAUGUUGGCUCUACCGCUACAGCGCUCCAAAUCGGACCUCCGGCUCUGCUCCUCGCUGGCUCUGUCCGAGCACGAGCGCUUCUUCGACUUCUGCGGCCUCGACUGGGACCUGGUGGACCGGCUCGGGCCCGAGAACUUCCCGUCGGGCGCCAGCUCGGUCGACACGCUCUCGCUGAUCCUGAGGAGCGUCCGGGGAGUGGAGGGCGGCUCGGAGCCCAGCGAAUUCUCCCGCCACUCCGGGGAGGGACUCUUCCAGGAGGAGCUGACCGAGCAGGUGCCCUCGGCCGUGUCCAUCAUCGAGAGGAACGCCCGGGUGAUUAAGUGGCUUUACGGGUGUAAGAACGCCACAAGGGAAGCACCCAAAGGUCCCAAAGAGUCGACCGUGUAGGAUCUGAGAGACUCCUACUCUGUAUUUAUUUAAUUUGAAGUACGUGUAUGUGAGAGACCAUUGCAGGCACAUUGUUUUCUCAUGUUUGGCCCCUUGACCCCAUGAUAAAUGUUUAGCAUUUGUCCUUCUGUACUUUAGACCCAGUGGUUCUGGUUUUCUGAUCAGUGUAAAUA